GAAAUUGAGAUCGGAGGCCUUCAGACGGUGACCUGGCCUGUGCAUUGCCCCUUUUGCAGGAGGCUAGGCCUGUCCCUUUCUUUCACACCCUUUGGUGACUGUGCCCUGGCACAGGGCUGUGCCUUCAGGAGGUGAGGAGCUGAGUUCUCGUGGGCACCCUGCCCUGGAGAGGAGGCUUCUGUUGCCCCUGGACAGAGGCUGCGGGAAGUGGUUCUGAGCCUUGGUGUCUCAAACAGCUUGGACUUUGUGAGGAGUUUCCCAGCAAUUUCACAGAGGUCUCUGACAGACCCUCUACCUUUAAGGGCCUUUUCGGAUCAUCCUUGCCAUGUCUGGCCGGGCCAGGAUUCAUGCUCAAGGCAGAAGCCAAUCCCUGAGGAUCUCACAGCCUGAGGCACCCGGAGCAGCUGCCCAUGGCCCCGCCUCUGCAAGACGGGGAGGCUCACAGCCACCCCGAGCCAGGCCACCACAUCAGGAAGUCCAGCUACAGUCACCAGGAGCCGGGCCACCACGGUCAGGAGCCCAGCUACAGUCACCAGGAGCUGGGCCACCACGGUCAGGAGCCCAGCUACAGUCACCAGGAGCUGGGCCACCACGGUCAGGAGCCCAGCUACAGUCACCAGGAGCUGGGCCACCACGGUCAGGAGCCCAGCUACAGUCACCAGGAGCUGGGCCACCACGGUCAGGAGCCCAGCUACAGUCACCAGGAGCUGGGCCACCACGGUCAGGAGCCCAGCUACAGUCACCAGGAGCUGGGCCACCACGGUCAGGAGCCCAGCUACAGUCACCAGGAGCUGGGCCACCACGGUCAGGAGCCCAGCUACAGUCACCAGGAGCUGGGCCACCACGGUCAGGAGCCCAGCUACAGUCACCAGGAGCUGGGCCACCACGGUCAGGAGCCCAGCUACAGUCACCAGGAGCUGGGCCACCACGGUCAGGAGCCCAGCUACAGUCACCAGGAGCUGGGCCACCACGGUCAGGAGCCCAGCUACAGUCACCAGGAGCUGGGCCACCACGGUCAGGAGCCCAGCUACAGCCACCACAGGCUUGUGUCAGGCCCUCACCGCCCACAGCCCAGUCCCCACAGCUCCGUGUCCAGCCAUCCCAGCCUGGAGCUUUGUCACCAGAACCCCAGGCCCAGCCGCCAACUAUGACUUGGGCCCAAAAACUCAAAUCCCAGCCCUCCCAGCGACAGGCCUCCCAGUCACAACAGCCCUACAUCUGGCCAUCCCUGCCUGGAGCUCAGCUGCCACAGCCCCAGGACCCAUUACCUCAGCCACAGGAGGAAGUCCAAGUGGUUGCAUCACAGGAACCUAGAGGAGCAGAAGGCAGACUCCCACCUCUAGAACACCACCGCACAGCAGUAUCAAGGGAGCUGACUGAAAGGUCACGUGGAAUCUUCCAAGACCUCGUGAUAAACACCAGGAAGAUGUUGAAACACGUCAAAGAUUCAAAGAGAGGGACAGAAGGCCAAGUGAUAAAGCUACAGACAAACCAUUACCAAGUGACCUGUGACUGUAAAAUCGCAUAUAAGUACAAUAUUGACUACCAACCAGACAUAAAGGAUAUAAAUAUCCGCACUAAUUUACUGCUCAGACAUCAGUCUACACUUGGCAAGUGCCAUAUUUUCGAUGGAAACUCAUUGCUGUUACCUCGGAGGCUGCAGCAUUUGGAAAUGGAGCUUGUCAGUAAGACUGAAGGUGAUGACAAAGUGAGAAUCAGGAUCCAGCUUUCCAGUGAACUCCACCCCAGUCACCCAGAGUGGCUUCGCUAUUACAACAUCCUCUUUAGAAGAACGCUGAAGCUGAUGGACUUGGAGCAGAGCGAUUCCAGUCUCAGAAAACUCAAAGAUGAGCUUAUGGCGUCAAGAAUGGAUAUCCAGCGCAGCUACAACACCUCCAUCCUACCAUAUGAGAACAGGCUGACCCUGUGUGCUGAUGUGACUCACAGACUGCUCCAGGUGAAAACUGUGUACGACCUCAUAUUUGAGAAGAGGGAGAAAGGCGUGAGGAAUCUACGGAAACAAAUCUCUGAAGAGGUAGUGGGAUCCAUUGUUUGCACUAAGUACAACAAUAAGACCCACAGGAUCGAUGCUAUCGACUGGAAGCAGAGUCCCAGAGACAGGUUUAGAAAGUUUGAUGGCAGCAUGGUCACCUUCGUAGACUACUACCGGGAGCAGUACAACAUUCACAUAAUUGACACGAACCAGCCGCUCUUGGUGAGCUGGGGCAGGUGGAAGAAGGGCCAGACGUCUACACCUCGUGAGCCUGUGUUCCUGGUCCCUCAGCUGUGCUACCUGACAGGUAUAGUGACUGAGGUAGCUAAGAACCAUAGCCUUAUGGCGCUGUUGACUGACCAAAUGAGGAUGAACCCGAUGAAUAGGAGGAACACACUGAACAAGUUUAUGAAUGGCAUCCAGACAAAUCCAAACGUACAAGACGAGUUCCUGCCGUGGAGUAUGAAGUUUGAUGACAACUGUCUGUCUGUGCCAGGAAGAAUUCUGAACACAGUACGACUUUUCCAGGAUAAGGGAUCGUAUAUGGUCAAUCCGAAACUACAGAACUGGCUGAACGACUCAAGGAGCAUAGCCUUACUUAGACCAAAGCCCUUGAAGCGCUGGGUGGUCCUUCACACCGAGAACUGCUCCAAGGAGGCCAACCUGCUAGUGAGCAAACUCAGGGCAGUCACAGACACCAUGCAUAUAACGGUGGCGCAGGCAGCCAUGUAUAAAUUCAAGGAGGGCCCUGGCUCCUUUAGGCAAAUGUUACAGAAACAUGUUUCAGAAGAUACGCAGAUGGUGGUGUGUGUGCUGCCCAACAACGACAAGCAGAGAUACGAGGAGAUAAAAACCUUCCUGUGCAUCGAGAACCCCAUCCCCAGCCAGUGUGUGGUGGCGUCGACCCUGCGCACUGACAGGAACCUCUUCACCAUAGUCACCAAGAUCGCCCAGCAGAUGAACUGCAAGAUGGGAGGAGCGCUCUGGAAGGUGGACACGGGUAUGGAGAAGACAAUGUUCAUUGGAAUUGAUUGUUUCCAUGACAUUGUGAACCGGCAGAAGUCGAUUGCAGCAUUGGUGGCGAGCACCAAGGAAGACUUAACCAGGUGGCAUUCCCAGUGUCUCUUCCAGGAUGCAGGAGAGGAGAUUGUCAAUGAUCUGCACAGCUGCCUGCAAGCUGCCCUGGAUUCCUGGGUCACAAAUGAGAAAAAGAAACCACAGACUGUGGUGGUUUAUAGGGAUGGAGUUGGGGAUGGCCAGCUACAGGACCUGCUGGGAGAGGAGGUUCGGCAGUUCCAGAAGUUCUUUGGUUCUAGCAUCAAACUAACGUUCAUCGUGGUGAAGAAACGGAUCAAUACCAGGUUUUUUGUUGAACAUAAUAAAAAAGUCAUGAAUCCACCUCCGGGGACUGUUGUUGACCAAGUGGUGACCAGGGAGGAGUGGUAUGACUUUUAUAUAGUGAGUCAGUCUUCAAACAGUGGAACUGUCAUGCCCACUCACUAUAACGUCAUCUAUGAUACCAAAGGCCUGACUCCCAACCAGGUCCAGUGCUUAACCUACAGACUCUGCCACAUGUACUACAAUUUGCCGGGUGUCAUCCGAGUCCCCGCUCCAUGCCACUAUGCACACAAGCUGGCUUACUUCGUGGGGAAGAACAUCCACCAGAAGCCAGCGCCAGCGCUGUCAGACUAUCUCUAUUACCUUUAAGCCACACAGAAAGUGGUAAUGUUGAAACCCACAGCCAACUCAUUUUUUUCUUAUAUUUUUCCUUUCCAAGCUGGGUGCCUUUCCCCCCCUACAGUUUAUUUUUGCCCCCCCAUUUGAAAUAGAAAACGUGUCAGGUUGUGUUGGCAUUGUGACAUUUGUAACUGGAUAGGAAUAGCCUUGUGAGUUAGGUAAUUGAGAUUCUGUUGCUAGCCCUUUGGUGAGGACUUGAAGGGCAUUGUGGGGGGAGUCAUAAAAAAUCCUGAUUUAAAAGUCAGCAGCUUAGGGACACAUAAGCGUUUCCCCAUUAUUCCCAUAAAGAAAACCAAGAACGCACUCAGCCUUUCUGUCUCCUGGGGACAGAGGCUCCCCAGUCAAACUGUCUCUAAAUGACUCCAAAGUUUUCUAUAGAUAAACUUUUGUUUUCUUAUAGUCUUUUGUUUGUUUGCUUGUUUUUAGGAGUUAGGAGCAGGGAUUAACUUCGAUUACACACCCGAAAAGGGUGGGUGGGUUGGCAAAAUUUGUGUUGAGGGUGCAGCUUUUCAAUCUGUCUUGUAAGAAAUAAAGCUAUUCACUUGUGAAAAUAAAUUGAGAGGGGCUUCUGCCCCAAGUGACACACAAGAUAGCUCUGCCUGUGCAGUCAACACCGAGACACUUUUGGGUACACGGGCAUCUGAUGAUCAUUGGUGCCAGAGCCCUUAUAUCUAUAAAUGUAUACACACGUAUAUGCACACACACACUUGUGAUACAUGACACUGUAUGCAGAUAAGAGGGACAGACUAAAAAUAGGCUUCUGGGCAAACUUCCCUUUCUGAAGACUGAUUUUUGGCUUGAUACUUUGCUAGAGAGGUAAAAAUUGCUUAGAAGACAAAAGUCACAUGUAAAAUCUUCCUGAAUGUUCCUCGCAAGCACAGUGUGUGCAAAUGUCAUCUAUUCCCCCAACUGACUGUUCAGUAAAGGCAUGCAUGCAAA